AUGAGCAACAUCUCGCUGUCCUCCGGCACGGACUCCGUGGGCCACAUGGAUCGCGGCAGCAGCUCCAGUCUCGCUAGCAGCGCCCCCGUUGGCACCAACACCAUCACCAGCGGCAUUUCCAAGGAGUGCGCCAAUUACCCCGUCGGCAGUCAGUCGGCCCGUCCAUACGUCGAACUGCCGGGCAUACACAUUUCCAACCCUCCCCAGUACGGGCCAGGGAAUAUGCAGGAAAUAGACGCUGGCAAAAUGGCGCACAACGGCAAGGCACUCACAGGGCGCUACAAUGCCACGCCCACCUAUGGCUUCGACAACGAGCAGAACUACUGCCUGAAUCCAAUGCCCCCUCCACCAUACGCCUUGGCACGCGUGAGCAGCACACGCAACUUCGAGCUCGAGAACCACACACCGCCGGCAUGUCCCGGCUCUGGACCCAUUGCCAUUGCGAACGGCACCAUCCAGUUGCGCCUCCGCGAUGGCGUGCGAAUUGACAUGACUCUGGACAAGGCGGUGCGCGUGCUCAAUCAGCGCAGCAUGGUGGCAUCGCUAUGCCAAGAUGUGGUACAAGGGUGUGAGCUUCACCAGCGAGGCGUGCGCUCUCAUCUGGUGGACACAGCCGGGACGCGCACCACAACCGACACUUUCACCGAUCUGACCAAGGACUACACCCUGGCAGUGUUCUAUGACGACUCGCGGCAUGGUCCCUCUUAUAUGGCUGAAGCCCAUGACGUGAUUGCCAAUUCAGCUUACACCUGUACCGAGGAUGGCACUGAGAUCUAUGACAUAAUCGGAUUUCGCAUCACCCAGGCAGCCGAUGGCCUGGUGAAGGUCACUCGUGUGGACAACAAGUGCUUGAUUCGCACCAGUCCCGGCAAUGGAUCGGCCACUUUGACCACACCUGGCAUCCAUUGCACUGCCUCUCUGGGCAAGACCUCGCAUCUGUUUGUUCGUCGCAAUGAGAAGCGCAUGCACUUCGAUGGAUCCUGUUUCAUUGUACGCAACGCCGGACACUCCGCCGGCUUCAAUGAGAACAACCUGCUCAUUGUCUACUGAGCGGCGUUCGUAGUCCGGAGAUAGAAACGGUGCAGUGGUAGCCCAUCCCACACGCACACACUCACACAUGUCAAC